AUGAGUAACAAAAAGACCAAUAUUUCACACAAGGUCCUGAAGAUGAAAUUCAUGACCAAAAAUAACGCAGAAGGAGAAAAUAAUAACUCCCCCCCUCCGUUAGUAAACAAAACCAUUAGAAAAAUCGCUAUUUUUUGCCCAAAAACCCACCCUCCGGAGUGAACAAAAAUUUUGAUAUAUAAGUGAUAAUUAACAUAAUGAAAUAUAGUGCUAAUUCUGUUUAAUUUUAGACAAAUUGCUUCUUAAGACAUAAAUUUUUUAAAUUAAAUUAAUAUUUGAUUUCCAAUUUUUGCGUAUUAGGAUUUUUUUAAAUUUAGAAAAAAAAUAUUUUUUAUAAAAUUUAUAUAUAAAUUUUUUAAAAAAAAAAAAAAUUAACCCCUCCCUCCGUAAGUGAACAAAAUUUUUUUGUUCACUCACGGGGGGAGUAAGAAAAUUGUUAUAAAAGAAGAGGAAAAGUGAAGCCUAAAGCAUCUUUAUAAGAAUGUAAAAGAUGAUAAAAAAUCGGAAAUCUUGGAUGAGGAAAAUACAACACGCAUGUCGUUUGGGAAUUUUAAUCCUUGCUUUGAGGUAAAAAAGAAAAGAGGAAGAGCAGCUGAAGGAGAAAUAGUGGAAGAAGGAAGAAAACAGCAGAAAUUAAGUGGAAAGCAUACAGAUAAAUAA